GUCGGAAACCUACCCCGAGCAGCUCCUAUUCUCUUGUUGUUGUUGCUUUAAUCUCUUUGCAGCAAAGAAAGAGCAGAGCAGAACAGAAAGAAAAGAAAGAAGAAGAAGCAUGAACUCAGGCAUACUACGCAGCUCAGUGCGCUUCGGCUCGCGACGGCCGUUGUCGUCUUCGUUCAUCGCCAACCAGACUCAGCACCAAUCCGCAACACUCACGAGCCGACGCACGCUCUUCACGCGACGGAAAGCACUCGCAUCUCCUGUGCGCAACUUUUUGAUCGGUACCUCGCUGCUGGUCGGACUCGGCGUCGGGGCGUACUACGUGACCGACGCGCGGUCGGCGGCGCUGCGGUAUGUGGUCGUGCCGGCGAUUCGCUGGAGUACGGAUGCGGAGACGGCGCAUCGGCUUGCGAUUGACCUGAUGAAGGCGGGGAUAAGUCCGGUUGAUAGAUCGGAUGAUGCGGUUGAUCCGGAUCUGGAGGUGAAGAUCUUUGGAAAAACUCUCUCGAGCCCGAUUGGCCUUGCUGCUGGUUUCGACAAGAACGGCGAAGCAAUUGAUCCGCUUUUCGACAUUGGAUUCUCGUACGUCGAGAUUGGGUCCAUCACUCCCAAGCCGCAAGAAGGCAACCCGAAGCCGCGAUUCUUCCGACUACCAAAGGACAAGGCCGCGAUCAACCGGUACGGCUUCAAUUCCGACGGCCACUUGAAGGUGCUCGUGCGUCUGCGUCUCCGGCUGCACCAGUUUUUGACAAAGUACCAGGCCGCGCCGGCGAACCACGCGUUCCGGGACGGGAAGCUGUUGGCGGUGAACUUGGGCAAGAACAAGACCGGCGACGAGGUCGAGGACUACGUCGAAGGCGUCAAGACGCUGGGGAACUACGCUGACGUGCUCGUGAUCAACGUGUCGAGUCCCAACACGCCUGGCCUGCGCAGCAUGCAGAGCGAGAAGAAGCUCGCGGGUUUGCUGGAGUCGGUUAUCAAGGCUCGUGAUAGUCUGUCGACGCCGCACAAGCCGCCAAUCUGCGUCAAGAUCGCGCCGGACUUGUCAGAGACCGAGGUUAUUGGGAUCGCGGAGGUCGUUCGCGCGUCGGGGAUCGACGGCGUGAUUGUGUCAAACACGACGAUCGCGAGACCGACGACGUUGAAAGCCCCGCUGAGCCUGCGCAACGAGAUCGGAGGUCUUUCGGGCCCGCCCGUGAAGGAAGGCGCGCUGCGGACGCUGCGCACGCUGCGGAAGUACAUCGGUCCCUCGUUCACGCUGAUCGGCUGCGGCGGCAUCAGCACCGGCAAGGACGCGGUCGAGUUUGCGCGCGCGGGGGCGACGUUCGUGCAGGUCCUGACUGGGUUUGCGUACGACGGGCCCGGGAUGCCGAGUCGGUUGCGGAGCGAGAUUAAGGAGGAGCUGAAGGGGCAGAAGUGGAUGGAUAUCAUCAAUGCUGAUUUCAAGUAGAGCUUUUGUCUGUUUGAGAAGAGAGAGAGAGCGCAGUUUUGAAGAUUUUGUAGCUUGUUUUUAGAGUUGAUUUGUAAAUUUACUGGCGCAUUUUUGCAUGUAGGAACGAAAGAGUAUGUGAAAACAAGCAGAAAGACAG